UGCUCCACUCCCUACGUCAGCGCUCCUUCCAGCCCCGGCCGCUGUACCUCCGGUGCCGCCGCCGGUGGCUUCUUCUACAGCGCUCCGGCGAGCCCAAUGCACUUCGUUCUGACCUCAAACUCCGCCUCCUCUUCCUCCUCCUCCUCCGCCAACGACGCCGUCCCCCUCGGCUUCGAGUUCGAGCUCGGCCCGUCCGGGUCGGGCCCGACCCGGCCCAUGAGCUCCGCUGACGAGCUCUUCCUCAACGGCAAGAUCAGGCCGAUGAAGCUCUCCACCCAUCUCGAAAAGCCGCAGAGCCUCGCUCCAUUGCUGGAUCUCAACGACGACGUAGAAGAAGUUGUGGAGCUUUGUUUCGAAGCCGUUCGAGGAAGAGAUCUGAGGCUCCGAGACAAAUCGCUGCGGCGGAGAACUCGGUCCAUGUCGCCUCUGAGAUGCCCGAGCUCUCCAUUCGAAAAUGACGCGAAAAUAGUAUGUGAUAAUGUGGAGCAGAAGAAGAACGACGAUCACGAAGAAGAAGAAGAAGAAGAAGAAGAA